CAGACGGACGGACGCUGCUGGGGGAGCUGCUCGCCGGGCCUGGGGCUGUCCGCGGGGAUGGGAGGGAAUGGUAAAGACUGCUGGAUCCCAGUCUGGGGAGUCGCCGCCAUGGCAGGCGCGGGGUUUGUCAUGCUGGUUGUGAUCCUGGUGCUGUCCGUCUGCCUCUGCCGGGCCCGGAGACGAGCAAAGAAGCUGGAGGCUUGGAAGGCCAGUGCUGAGCUUGAGGAGCCCGAGGUGCAUUAUGCCUCUCUGCAGAAUUUGGCUUUAGCCCAGGUCGGGGAGCAGCAACUGGAGCCCCCUGGCUCCCACCAGACGGACUACGCCACCGUGGCCGAACUGAAGGGGCUGGGGGAGGAGUGUGGGGAAGGGGCCGGCCAGCUGGACGGGGGCGCGGAUCCCGGGGAGCUUGUGCGGGAACCCCAGGAAGGGGUGGCCGCCAACUGA